GGCUGGACUUUGGCUCGAGGGGGCGGUUGCAGGCGCUGCGCGAAGGAGGGUUCUGGUCGAAGCCGCGGCGCCAUGGGGAAGCUGCACACCAUCUCCCGCGGAUACCGCCACGGAACGCGCAAUGCGUUCUCGAAGAAGUGGAGGUGCAAGGGCGAGCCGGGCGUGAGCCGCCUGCUCGUCAACUUCAAGCGGGGGGACUUCGUGGAUAUCGUGGUGGACCCGUCCAUCCAGAAAGGCAUGCCUCACUCCUUCUUCAACGGCAAGACGGGCAUCGUCUUCAACGUCAACCGCAACGCUCUGGGCGUGGAGAUGACAAAGAUCGUGGGCAACCGGCAGCUGAAGAAGGACGAGUCCCGCCCGGCGGUGUAG